CACCGCGGCUAAUGCGAAGUGGCCGUUUCCAUAGCUACGAAACAGCCUCUUGCUAGCGCUACUAAGAUGCUACCUGAAUAAGAGAGCUUCUGUAACAAACAGAAAAAGGACCAGCUGCAGAGAUGUCUCAGCUAUCAGCCGAGGAUGAGGUGGAGCUGCAGUCCCUUCUCAAGCAGCUCCUGAGGAGCAUCAACGACAGGAUCUCUGACGCUCCAUCAACUGAGUGUGCUGAAGAGAUUCUGCUUCACUUGGAGGAGACUGACAAGAACUUCCACACUUAUGAGCUUGUUAAGUACCUUCGUCAGUACGUGGAAAGCUCUCUGGGGACCGUGGUGGAAGAAGAGACCAAGAACCUGACCAGAGAUGCACAACACGCAGUGAGCUCGGGUCACGACACCUUGAUCCACGCUGUCACCAGAAGGACCAGAGACUCUGAUGAGUACCAGCUGAUGAUGCAGACUCUGAAGAACUCCAUGAUCAUGGUGGUGGAGUCUUUAAUCAACAAGUUUGAGGAGGACCAGAUGAGGAAGGAGGAGCUGCACCGAGAGAAGCAGCACAGUCAGUCAAACAGCCAGUACACUGAUAACUGCUCUGACAGCGACUCCUCCUUUAAUCAGAGUUAUGCCUUCAUCAGACAGGAGCAGCUGCAGGAUUUGGCUGAUAAACUCGACUCCAGCAGGCCCAAAGAGGUGCGAUGGGAGGCUCUCCAGGACCUCUGCUGCGCCCCUCCAUCUGACGUGCUGAGCUGUGAGAGCUGGAGCAGCCUGCGCAGGAACCUCUGUGCGGCUCUGUCCGACCCGGACCUCAGCGGUAACGUUCUGCAGUUCUUUGCUAAAAGCUUCUCGUCCUCGCCGCUGAAUGUGACUCGAGAGAUCUACACCAGCUUGGCUAAAAGUUUGGAGUCCAGUUUUCUGUCCCACAAACUGAGCUUCCCAACCGGCUCGGCCCACAUCGACAUCAGCAGACCUGAGAUCAGCCGUCUGCUCAAACAGAUUCGACUGAUGAAUGACUUUCAGAAAGAGGUGACCACCUUCUGGAUCCGCCAUCCUGAGAAAUACAUGGAGGAAGUUAUAGAAAGCACCUUCUCCAUGCUGUCCUUCCAUCACGAACACGGAUCCACCUCACCGAGAGCAGAGAAAGCCCUCGCACCCAUCCACCUACUGGCCUUACUGGAUGUAAAAGCUACCUGGUUUAAGAAGUGGAUGCAUGGAUACUACAGCAGGACUGUAGUUCUCAGACUCCUGGAGAGAAAAUACAAGUCUCUGAUCGUAGCAGCCUUCCAGCAGUGCAUCCAUUACAACGAGUCCUGUGAAGGCGUCACACAUCACACCUCUGAUUCCCAGCAGCAGAACACAAGCUCAGUCCAGAGGAGUGUUUACACAGCCAAAGAGCUGGAGUACGCCUUCUUCGUCCACUCGCUGUGUGUCCUGGGGAAACUGCUCAUCUACACUAACGGCAGAAAGCUGUUUCCCAUCAGAGUGAAGAAGCAUAAAGAUCCAGUCACCCUCACGGACCUGGUUGUUCUCCUGAUAAACAUCAUGUACCAACACCCCGAACCGGUGCACAGUGACCCCUCACACACAGACUCUCUGUCCCCCAGCUGUCUGGUGAUGGAGGUGCUGUGGAUGCUGUGUGAGAGGACAGAGUGUGCUGCAGAGUGUCUCUACCAGACCCCUGUCAUCGAGACGCUGCUGAAUCCAGUCAUAGCUCUGCUCUGUGGACAGCAGGCCAAAUUAAAAUCUCCUGCAGCAACUCUGACGCUCAUCGCUGAUGUUCUCGCUCGCAUUGCAAACACUGACAGAGGAUUAGCUCUCUUCUUAUACGAGGAGAAUCUAGUCGUCGCCGACACUGAGAGAUCCACUGCUGCUCAUGUCAUAGUUCAGUUCACCCUCAGGCUGCUGGAUAAGGAGCUGUCAUUACUGAGUGAUCCCGACGUCUCCCAUACAUUAUGUGGAGCCUUUAUCUUCGUCUGCAGGCAGAUCUACAACACCUGUGAGGGUCUACAGGUGCUCCGACCCUACGGCCUCCACAGGGCGGUGGCUGCUGCGUGGAAAGAGACCAGUGUCUUGUCUGAAAGAGUUCCAACGCCAGUACCUGGAGCCUCUGCUGAAACAUCCGCCCCGGAGCAGAGGAACACGGUCAUCUGGGAGGAGACGUUGUUGGACAGCCUGCUGAACUUUGCUGUAACUCCUAAAGGCCUGCUGCUGCUCCAGCAGACUGGGGCCAUCAAUGAGUGCGUCUCCUACAUGUUCUCUCGCUUCACAAGAAAACUACAGGUGAGCCGCUGUGAGAAGUUUGGAUACGGGGUGAUGGUGACUCAAGUGGCAGCAACCGCUCCAGGGGUGGCGGCUUUGCACAGUUCAGGUUUUGUCCGUGCACUGGUAGUGGAGCUGUGGUCUGCUCUUGAGUGCGGCACUGAAGACCUCAGGGUGGUCGGUCCCAAGCCCACACCCAUGGACCCCAUCGACAGGAGCUGCCUCAAGUCCUUCCUGUCCUUGGUCAACCUGCUCUCCUCUUCUCACUCGGUGUGGGAGCUGCUGGGCCGGCAGCUGCUCGCCAACAAAAGCGAAUACACCCUGAGAGAGAUGCCAACCUCUAUACCUGAUUUGAUUGACAGGCUGAUUGCUGUGAAUUCAGACGCCAAAAUUCAUUCCCUCUUCCACCACGAGCAGUCUCACACGUUCGGCCUGAGACUGCUCAGUGUGCUCUGCUGUAAUCUGGACUCCUUCCUGCUGCUAGAGAGCCAGUACAACAUCUGCAACAUGCUGCUGCAGAGUCAGAGGGAGGACGUGACUGAGCCGGACGACAGUGAGGGGACCUUCAUCAUAGACAAUCUGUCUGUGGAGAGGAACCACGUGCUGGUGCGUGUCGGCGUGGUUGGAGGUCCGUCUGAGAGGAAGCUUCCUCCUCGAGCGCUGCAAGAGGGAGAACACCCGUACCCCUGGCCCAUGUUUUCAAGCUACCCUCUACCUCGCUGCUACACCUUGGACCCACCAAACAUUGAUCAUGACUCACAGGACUCUGAAAUCAGUGCACUGUUGGCCUCAUCUAAAGACAUAAAGAACAAGAACAGCUGGAUGGAGAUGUGCAGAAGACAGUACUGCAAAACCAUGAACUCCAAACCAAACGUCUUGACUGGAAAGGUGCUGGCUGACCUUCUGGAGACGGUCGUGGCUCAUCUCUCCAGCUCUGCCUCCGAGUGUUUCUUCUCUGCAGCUCAGUACAAAGCUGAGGAGCAGACUGUAAAGAGUGCCUUGUUAUCAUCUGUGGAGCAGCUGGGAGUCUACACCUGUCUCAGGUAUGGCAGCUUCCUGAAGCUACUGAAGGAAGAUGCUGAGAACAACCUGACGCUGCUAAUGAAGCACAUGAAGAUCUUUUUGUCCACGCAGAGAGUUGAGACUUCUUCGGAGCUUGUCACUCAGCAGGAUGGGUAUCCAGGCCACGACUGGCUGGUCUCCACUGUGUUCCUCAUCAUGGCUGGAGACACGGACCGCUCACUGCGUCUGUUACUCGACCUAUCUUCUCUGCUUACCUCAGCGUUCAUCUGGCCAGCAAGAAUACAUGCCUCUGUCCAUGUUCCAGUGGAAGUGGCUGGAUGUGGAAUCCCUCCUGUUUACUGGUGCACAGCUCAUUAUGUGGAGAUGCUGCUGAAGAGUGAAGUUCCUCUGGUGCACUCGGCCUUCAGGAUGUCUGGGUUCACGCCAUCUCAGAUGUGCCUCCACUGGUUGACUCAGUGUUUCUGGAACUACCUGGACUGGACGGAGAUCUGCCACUACAUCUCUACCUGUGUGGUGAUGGGUCCCGACUACCAGGUGUACAUGUGCGUGUCCGUAUUCAGACACCUGCAGCCGGACAUCCUGCAGCGCACACAGUCCCAGGAGCUGCAGGUCUUCCUCAAGGAGGAGCCGAUCCAGAACUACAAGGUGAGCAACUACCUGGAGUUCAUGGAGGGACUGGAGAGCAGAUACAGAGACAUCGUUCUCACAGACAUGAGAACCAUCCAGAGCCCUGUAGACAGCACACCACUUUUGUACGACUCUACAGCUGAAAAUAGCCUCCAACGACUUCACUCUCUUCUUUGAGUUAUGUUGCUUACAACGACAUUUCCAAUCAGUUCCAGGUAACACCCAAUUAUAAGAUAGUCCUAAAUAUUGUUGUGAUUUCUGAAUUAUUUAAAUACUUGAGCUUUUUUCCUCCAAGGUAAAGCUCUUGAUAGGAACAACUGGGCCUGGGGAUCUGGAAUGAAACUGAAUGUAUUUUUAAAGUCUGUAUUUAUUAUUUUUCUACGAUGUAAAUAUCUGUAAUGUUGUGUUGUUAGUAUUUAAAGCAGCCCUCAGGUUCAGCUGUGAAUGAAUUUUGAAUUGGAAUAAAAAAUUACCUUAACUUC